GAAUCAGGAGGGGAAGAGAAAAACUAAUAGAUUCUAACCAAGAAAACCGGUCCUGCUUUCCAGCCAACAUGUCGGAUCAAAGCCCCUUUGAAACAGAUAUGAUAACCCUGAACCGAUAUGUCAUGGAGAAAGGACGACGGGUGAAAGGGGCAACAGGAGAACUGACCCAGCUUUUGAAUUCAACGCUCACUGCCAUCAAGGCCAUCUCAUCAGCAGUCCGAAAGGCAGGUCUUGCUCAUAUGUAUGGAAUAGCAGGAAGCAUGAACGUGACCGGGGAUGAGCAGAAAAAACUGGAUGUGUUGUCCAAUUCUCUGGUUAUCAACAUGCUCCAAUCCUCCUACAGCACUUGCGUCCUGGUCUCUGAGGAGAAUAAAGAAGCAAUAAUCACUCCAAAAGAAAAGAGGGGUAAAUAUGUGGUGUGCUUUGAUCCACUAGAUGGCUCUUCCAAUAUAGACUGUUUAGCCUCAAUAGGAACAAUAUUUGCAAUUUAUAAGAAGACCUCUGAAGAUGAGCCUUCUGAAAAAGACGCCUUACAACCUGGACGCAACAUUGUCGCUGCAGGCUAUGCUCUGUAUGGCAGUGCAACGCUGGUUGCCCUUUCAACAGGGCAAGGAGUGGACUGCUUUAUGUUGGAUCCGGCUCUUGGUGAAUUCAUUUUGGUGGAAAAAGAUGUGAGAAUCAAGAAGAAAGGAAAAAUCUAUAGUCUUAAUGAAGGUUAUGCAAAGUAUUUUGAUCCUGCUGUGACUGAGUAUUUACAAAAGAAAAAAUUUCCUGAGGAAGGAAUAUCUCCUUAUGGAGCCAGAUACGUAGGCUCCAUGGUAGCUGAUGUUCACCGUACCCUGGUGUAUGGUGGGAUAUUUUUAUAUCCAGCUAACCAGAAAAGUCCCAAAGGAAAGCUGCGGCUCUUGUACGAAUGCAACCCCAUCGCUUUUAUCAUUGAACAGGCUGGAGGAAUAGCUACUACAGGCACAGAAGCGGUGUUGGAUGUAAAGCCAGAGUCUAUUCAUCAGAGAGUCCCUUUCAUUGUCGGUUCUCCCGAGGAUGUUCAAGAAUACCUUGCAUUUGUACAGAAACACCAGAAAAGCAGCUAGUGCAGUGGUGGGAUUCAUCCAGUUCGCAUCAGUUCGGCAGAACUGGUAGCUAAUUUUUUAUUGCCCAGGCCCAGAAUGGACUUCCAGA